AUGGGGUUCUCGGAAGAACGCGACAUGACCCAUGUCCCCACUAUACCGGAGUACUACAAAGGAAAAUCGAUUUUUAUAACCGGCGGCUCUGGAUUCAUUGGGAAGAUAGUCAUCGAAAAACUACUGUAUUCCUGUACAGAUUUGGACAGGAUAUACCUGCUGAUGCGGCCUAAGAAAUCCGUGAGCCCGGACAAAAGACUGGCUCAAUUGUAUUCUACUCCUUGCUUCGAUAGGCUUCGCAAAGAAAAACCUGGCGUGUUUCAGUCCAAAGUCCUCGUUGUGCCUGGAGACGUCAUGGAAGAUGGAUUAGGUUUAUCAGACGAAGACAGGAAACUUCUCGCCGAACGAGUGAAUAUUGUCUUUCAUAUAGCUGCUAGUGUGAGAUUCGAUGACCCCUUGAAGUACGCGGUCAGAUUAAACUUGAACGGGACGAAGGAAGUCGUGGAACUAGCUAGGAGUAUGCACAACCUAUCUUCAUUCGUUCACGUGUCGACUAGCUACUCAAACACCAACCGCGAGGUCAUCGAGGAGGUGAUGUAUCCCCCUCACGCUGACUGGAGGGACACCCUGGAGAUCUGCGAGAAACUUGACGAGCACACGCUGAGGGUUAUGACUCCAAAGUAUCUCGGAGAGUUGCCCAAUACGUACACCUUCAGCAAGCAGUUAGCUGAACACGCUGUAUAUGAGCAGAGAGGACAACUGCCUGCUGUUAUAGUUAGACCGUCUAUAGUAAUAGCGAGCGCUGAUGAACCAAUUAGCGGUUGGAUUGAGAAUUUCAAUGGCCCCGUUGGAAUAUUUGUCGCUUGCGGAAAAGGCAUAAUGCGUACGUUGUAUACGAAGCCAGAUAUUGUAUCUGAUUACAUACCGGUGGAUAUAUGCGCGAAGAACAUUAUAGUCGCUGCCUGGGCUAGAGGAACGAAGCCUCUAGAAAGCUCGGACGACGUUGAGAUAUAUAAUUGCUGUUCUGGUGAGCUGAACCAAAUUAAUAUCCAGGACCUGAUCGAGAUGGCCAAGGAGGUAGGCGCCAGUGUCCCCCUGAAUGACGCCUUGUGGACAAUUGGAGGAAGCAUCACCACCUCGGAAAAACUAUACUACAUAAGGGUAUUGGUCCAACAUCUCUUGCCGGCGAUUUUUGUUGACAUAGUCCUUCGUAUAUUCGGCAAAAAGCCUAUGCUCUUCAAAAUUCAAAGAAGAAUCUACAUAGCGAAUCUAGCGCUUCGGUAUUAUAUAACGAAGCAAUGGACCUUCGAAAAUAAAAACUUCCUCGCGCUCAGAUCUAAAUUACUAGAGCAGGAUAAAAAACAAUUCUAUUACCUACUCGAGGGUAGAGAUAAAAAGGACUAUUUCUUGAAGUGCUGCAUCGGUGGAAGGAGGUAUCUGAUGAAAGAGAGAGACGAAGACAUCCCUAAAGCGAAGCUCCGAUUUCAGAGAAUGAUGGUCCUCGACAAGACAGUGCAAGUAAUAUUCUAUGGAUUACUCCUAUGGUGGUCCAUCAAAAUAUUUAAUUAUUAUUUCGGAAUCUACUGUAAUUUUUUUGUAGCCUGAUAAAUGAUUUUGUUAUGUGAAAAAAACAUUUAAUAUUUUUUAACGAUUUUUGUAUUUAGUAUUCGAUACA